AUGAGCAACAACCAAGGAGGGAGCAAGGGUCAACAGGUGAAUAAUUGUGUGAAAUCUGAGUAUCAGGGAGAUGUGAAUAGAUCUGUGAGUAUAGGACCAGGUUCACAGGGAUAUGAUGAGUCAAGAACUAGUAGAAUUGAUGAAAAUGUUCAAGAUAGAUGCAAUCAGGUAGCAGUGGAAGUGAAUCCCAAUGCUCCUCCUCAAGCACCUCCACAACAGCUUCAAGCUCCUCCUCAAGCACCUCCACAACAGCUUCAAGGUUCAUUGGUCCACUGGGAGAGGUUUCUACAUGUUAGAUCCAUUAAGGUCAUGUUGGUUGAAGAUGAUGAUUGUACACGUCACAUUGUAACUGCAUUGCUUCGCAACUGUAAUUAUGAAGUUAUUCAAGCUGCCAAUGGACUUCAAGCCUGGAAGAUCUUGGAAAAUCUAUCCAAUCACAUUGACAUUGUUUUAACUGAAGUAGUCAUGCCUUGUCUUUCAGGAAUCGGUCUUUUCUGCAAGAUUAUGAGCCACAAGACACGCAAGAAUAUCCCUGUGAUCAUGAUGUCUUCUCAUGAUUCAAUGGGUUUGGUUUUUAAGUGUUUAUCAAAAGGUGCAGUAGACUUUUUAGUGAAGCCUAUUCGGAAAAAUGAGCUUAAAAACCUUUGGCAACACGUGUGGAGGAGGUGUCACAGUUCAAGUGGUAGUGGAAGUGAAAGUGGUACACAAGCUCAAAAAUCUGUAAACUCAAAAAGCAAUGUAAGGUAUGAUAACAGUAGCAAAGAUGGGGAUGACAACAAUGAAAACACAAGUGGUGGUAGUGAUGAUGGUAGUGGCACUCAGAGUUCUUGGACAAAACAUGGUAUUGAACGUGAAAGCCCGGAAUCAGCAAUUCCAUCCAACCAAAUAUAUGAGCAUCCAGACAGCACUUGUGGCAUAGUUAUCCGUUCUCUACAAACUCAACCAAUAAGAGACAUCAAUAAUCACAAACCACAACCCUAUACAGAGAUUGCAAUAAGCAUGGAAAAUGUGAAAACUGAAAAGAUUAUGAAUGCCAAUGGAAUCCAUGAUUCCAAUGGAGUAGAAACUGAAGAUCUUGGCACAAAAGGGCACGUCCUCCAUCUAACAGUGACGAGGAAGAAGUUCAAAAUGGUUGCUGCAAUAUAUUGCGACAUUCAGAGCUUUCAGCCUUCACAUGGUCAAAACCUAAGAAAAGGGCAGUAUUGUAAUUUGAUAAGAUAUGAUUGUUCUCAACCUGAUAAUAGAUCCAACUUGGUGAAGAAAGAAUCCAAACGUGAUGUUCAUUCAGAAGGAUAUCUUAUUUAUCAAGGCUCAAGUGAGCAAGUGAUACCAAAUGACAUGACACCUGGCAAUGUGGUCCGUGAUCAAGAGCUUCACAUUCAUCAGCAUCACCAUGUCCAUCAUUACCAUAACAUAGAAACAGAUGAGCCGUUGCCAAUGUCAAAUGAUGAUGAUGAGGAUGAUUUUGGUCGAACACAAUUGGCUGCAGAUGCCCCACAUUGUGGGUCAUCAAAUAUCAUGGGUGGUGGUAAUGGUAAAGCAGAAGCAAAAGCAGAAGCAGAAGCUAACCUACAAAAUUACAGUUUAAACAAAAGUGCAUCAGGCAGCAGACAUGGAAGCAACGUGCCAAAUGAUGUGAAUUUUGAAGUUGCAAAAUUAGAAAAUAAUGUUUGUUUACGUGACAAAAAUAAAAUAACAGAUCAUCACAAUCACAAUCACAAUCACAAUGACAAUGACAUAUCUGCACAGAGAAAAGCAGCAUUGACGAAGUUUCGCCAAAAAAGAGAACUCAGAUGCUUUCAGAAGAAGGUGAGAUAUCAAAACAGAAAGAGAUUGGCAGAACAAAGGCCACGUGUACGAGGACAAUUUGUGAAUGGAAAAAGUCGCGACAAUUCAACUAAUGCAGCUGAUGGCUAG